AUGUUCAAGCACAAAGACCCCGUCCAAUAUAUCCCCCUUGACAUGGACGAGGAGGGCGCACACCCCCCAUUAUCGCCAAAACCUCACGUCGGCCGCCUCAAGAUCCUGGCGCCCAACCUAUUAUGGGUAUAUGCAUUGAUCGUAACAGUCAUGCCCUUCUCCAUCGGAACAUACUUGAAUUAG